UUGUGAUUUUGGGCAAGAAAAAAAUAAAUUAUCACAACGCAAUUUGAUUUUCGACAUUCUGAUAUUAAAAAAUGCUAAAGAACUUAAGCAUGCAAUGUAUUAUCCUGGUAGGAUACGUAAGUGGAAUGAAAAAACUCAUGAGUUCGAUCAUUUUGAAGCUUUAAACGAUAACGGUUCACUUGUUUGUACUGUUGAUUAUUCUGAUGAUAUCAAGGAUAAAGAGGUUAUCGUCGCUGUUGAUACGAUGCUUCCCUAUGUAACGGAAGAAAAUAAUUAUACAAAUGUCUCAGGUUAUAUCGGUAGUAUUUGGAAUACAUUAGAAGAAACAUUAGAAUUUAAAACGAAAUUUAAAAAAACAGGAGAAUUAUCUGUUGAUGAAUUUCUAAAGGGUUCCUCUAACGUUUGGUUAAGUGCAGCGUCUAUUGAUAAAUAUUUUGGCGGGCAUUGUCAUUACAGUCAUCAAAUAAUGACUAUUUCAUAUUCAUUAUAUGCACGUGCAGUAGCAGCACGUGUAUCAAUGUGGUGGUAUGCACGAAUAUUUCAACCUGAAUUAUGGGCAGUAACGAUACUUUACAUCAUAGGAAUUAGUAGCUUUCUAUUUGGAAUGUAUCGAUUAAAAAAAAUGGCAUGUUCAAAUUUCGUUGAGUGUAAUAACGAAUUUUCUGGAAUAUCAUUUAAUUUUUUGUGUGUACUUGGUGGUAUAACUGGUCAAGGUAUUCAAAAAUUACCAUCAUCUUGGUCACUGCGAUUUUUGAUAUUAACGUCUCUGACAAUGGGUGUUUUAAUAACAUGUGGUUUCAAUAGUACUUUAAUGUCACAUUUAUCGAUACAAAGUAGUAGAAUGCCAUUUACCGAUUUAACAGAUAUAUAUUUUAAUGGACGUGGUUCAUAUUCAAUAUGUGUACGACGAAAUGAUGCACCAGAAGCUUAUUUACGUAACUUUGAAGAACAAAUUAAAAAAAAUAUGAGUGAAUUAGGAAUUGAAUGGCAUAAUAUUAUAAAUCGUAAAUGCCCGGAAAUGGAUAAUAAACAAACUUUAAGAUCUGCAUUAUGUGAAAAUGGAAAAUUAAUUUAUUUUGAAGCACCAGAAAUAUUUUUAUCAGCAUAUCGUGAAGUUAAACAUUUGUGUAGUAUUGUUAAAAUAGAUGGUAACAUACAACCAAGAAAAAUAGCAUUUCUUGUUACUACAUCAUGGCCGUAUCGUAAAUUAAUUAAUAAAUAUUUAAUGAAAUUUCGUACAGCAGGAAUAUUGAAUUACUUUGAAAAAAAAUUUAUAUCACGAGAAUUCCCAGACACAACGGAAAGUAAAUUUUCCAGUGAAGUUGUUAUGUUUGAACAUAUACAAUUAGUAUUAUGGGGAUUAUGUAUCAUGUACGUUGUUAGUGCAACAAUUUGUAUUAUUGAAAAUAUAUGGUUUCGUUUUACAAACAUAUCUAAAAUACAACGUAUUAUGUCACGUAGACGUUCAACAUACAGACGUACACAAAAAAUAAUAUUACCAAUGAUUUAUGUUAAUAAUAAUGCACUUAAAUUACCGAUGAGGGUCAAUAAUCUACAUACUACUAUGAAUUAGUGGCUAACAUAAAAUAUUAUGUACUUAUAAAAGGGUUAUUGUUAUAUUCAAUUUCAAUAAAUUUUUAUUUCAACUAUACUUCGAAAAUUCGAAAAAAAUAUUUUCAGUCAAAAAAAAAAAUUGUUGUCAGUCAUCUUGUACAAGUACUGUAAUGUAUUGAUGAUGACUAUUAAAAUACAAUAAUAUGAAUAUGAAUAUAAAUAUAUAAGGGUGUUUAAAAAAAAACUUUAUUUUUUAAGUCUUAUAGUCUUAAAAAUUAGUCUCAGGUAAAAAAUCCUCCCAAAAGAGCAGUUCGAAAUCUCAUUCCUGCUUAGAUCAACGAAUAUUCACUUUCCCAUUUGAAUUACAUGUAAUAAGAAA